CUCCAAGAUGGCGGCGCCGGAGGAGCGGCUCGUGUCGGAGGGCGAAGGCGGCGCCCCGGGCUCGGCGCGGCUCUCCCCGGCCCCGCUGCCGGAGGCCGCCGAGCCGCUGGCGCCCAUGGAGCCGCCGCCUCAGAGCAACACGCUCAUGGGGCUGCCCAUCGUGGCUAUCGAGAGCAUCCUCAGCUUCCUGUCCUACGAUGAGACGAGCCAGCUGCGCUUGGUUUGUAAGCGAAUGGACUUGGUUUGUCAGAGAAUGUUAAAUCAGGGAUUUCUGAAAGUGGAAAGAUACCACAACUUGUGUCAAAAGCAAGUUAAAGCCCAGCUUCCAAGACGGGAGUCAGAAAGGAGAAACCAUUCAUUAGCUCGCCAUGCAGACAUCCUCGCUGCUGUGGAAACGAGACUCUCUCUCUUAAAUAUGACUUUCAUGAAGUAUGUGGAUUCCAAUCUCUGUUGCUUCAUACCUGGAAAGGUAAUAGAUGAAAUUUAUCGAGUGCUAAGAUAUGUAAACUCUACAAGGGCUCCUCAGAGAGCUCAUGAAGUUCUUCAAGAACUAAGGGACAUUUCCUCCAUGGCUAUGGAAUAUUUUGAUGAGAAGAUUGUUCCAAUACUGAAAAGAAAGAUGCCUGGGUCAGAUGUAUCGGGACGCCUAAUAGGAACUGCCCCAGUUCCAGGGCCUUCUGCAGCACUGACAACAAUGCAGCUGUUCUCCAAGCAGAGCCCUUCCAGGCAGGAGAUCACCAAGCUGCAGCAGCAGGUGAAAGCCAACGGCACGGGCCUGACGGCGCUAAAGCGGGAGAUCUCGGAGCUGCGCGUCAAAGUGCAGGAGCAGCAGAAGCAGCUCCAGGAUCAAGACCAGAAACUGCUUGAGCAAACCCAAAUCAUUGGGGAACAGAACGCCCGCUUGGCCGAGCUGGAGCGCAAGCUGCGAGAGGUGAUGGAGAGCACAGUAGGGAAUUCUUCAGGUUCUGGCUCAAACGAACAAUCUCCCAGGAAACGGAGGAAGGCGGUGGAUUCCACGGACUGUCCUAGGAAAUCUAAACGCCUUCGGAACAGAAAAUAACUGGGAAGGAAAUGGCACCUUCAGGAGGAUACACUGCUCUAGUAGCCCAAGCAGACCUGCUUGUUUGGAUACUGUGACCAGCUCCAUGGUGUCACUUAGGCUGCUGGCUCUUCAAAACACCACUUAGACUUGAACAGUAAUUUUCUUUCAUUGACUUUUCCCCUGCUUUCUAUAUGGGUGGGCCUAAUGCACAGAAUCUUUAAGAUUUGCAAUAGCUAUAUACUAACCAGACCUGCUCUGUUAUGUUUUGAAGGGUUAAUCUUUUUUUCCGUGCAGAUGUGUUUAAGGUAAACUUAUUUGUGUUUAUGUAUAUGUUCACAUGGAAUCUUAAAUAAAUUGUCUUAACUGACUAAAUGGUUAAGAGUAAAAACAGAUGUCCUGUUCACUUGAAGGAAAGAUCCGCUUUUAAAACCUUGUUUUUGAGAACUUGACCUUUUUUGUUACAAGUGACCUUGUCUGGAAUGUCUGAAAAGUAGUUAAUACUUUUUGGGGUUCUCUGUAAUGAGUAAAACUGACUUCUUAAGCUACAGUAUUGGCUAUAUAUUUUUGUAAACUUCCAUGGAAGGGCCUUCUAUCCAGUCUUCACAUGCACACACCCUGGUUCUAGGUCUUGGGAGCCAUAUUCUACAUUUGCAUGGAUAGAUGCAUGUACAGCUUAGUCAGCCUGCCAAAAGCACUUGCCUGAAACUGUUCCAAACUCUGGGAGAGAGCACAGAGACCUGUGAAGCAAUUCCUUUGUUCCUCAGCCGUCAGAGUCUCUGCUUUCAGCACAGCGGCUUCCUUGCAGCGAGGUGGUCUGGGGAGGCGAGCGGCAGAAGCCGUUGAGCCUGGGCUGUGUGGCUGCCACUCGCCCUGCCUGGAAGGCAGGGAUUUAUUGUUUGCCAAAGCUGGAGAAUGGAGAGGCUGCCUGUGCGUCUCUUGUGUCAUAGGCCGACACCGAACACCUACGAAUUGUCCGUGGAGUUGCCAAGCUCUGGGGACGUCAUUCAAGUGAAAUGCUGUAUUAUGGAAAAACUUAAACUAUUUUGUGUGUCUGUGUUGGGGUUGGGGUGGAAAUUUCUCUGUAACACUGAUGACAAUAUCCUAAGCUUCCCUUAUCCUAAAAGGUAAAUCACUUCAGACAGAGCUUUAAUUUCUUUUGCACUUCUGUUUUGAGCUUGUAUCUGGAAAAGCAUGUCUUGCACUGUUCAGUCUCUCUGGUCACUUUAACCACCUCAGAGUUGUGUACAGUGAUUAUUACCCCCCGCCAUCUGUAUAUUUUUGGAAUCUUAUACAAACAACAUUGUCCUUGGUUUUGUUUUAAUGUACUAAACUAUGUAGCUUUAUAAUUUGACUUACGUUUUCUUUUUUUAACCAGCUGCUGCUUUGUCUUUAGGUGGUUCUGAAUUCCACUUGGUAUGGUACUGAAAAUGCAAAUGCUGCAUUUGUAGCUGUCCGUAAUCUUGAUAUUGCUGCUGCGGUUAAUGUGCAAGUUCAUUUUGUAUGGCUGUCAGCAUAACCUAGUGCCUGUAUUUAAAGCACCAAGCAAAUCAGAAAUUGUCUGGUCAGAUACUAUGUAAUCAUGGAAAACUGACAAUUUUCCUGAAACUUCUGCUACAAUUUUUACUUCUAAAACAUAGUAGCUCGUACCAGAAGUAGCAUUGCAAAUGGCUAAUAUUUGACAGACAUUCAGCUUUCAAAUGAACUUUUCAAGUAGUUUGAGCCUUUUCAAAAAAAGGCAUUUUUCUUAAGUGUCAAGGAAAUGAUAAAAGGCUGUCUGAGAGCAGACUUAAACUGCUGAAGGAGCAUUUGCUUGUACUGGUUUUCUACAGAAUGUUUUUUACAGGUAGCUCUAUCUUGAAGAUAGAUACCUGCUAUUCAGCUUAAAAAUACUGGCAUAUACCUUUAACUUUUAAAAACCAAUUUUGAGUCAAAGGGUCAGCAUGAUAGCUAGAAUUACUGUGUGAUACAAAUUCCCUGAAUGGUUAUUUGUGAUAAAAAAAUCCUGUAAUGGACUAAUUACCAGCUACUUGUGGUUAAAUACUUCCAAACAAGUGUAAACUUGUGAAUUGCAUUUACUGGAAAAGUUUAUUCAUACUUUUGGAAUAUUUUUCACUUUAGUUUCUUUAUUAAUUUCUAGAAUAUGCAAACAAUUUUCCCCUCCCCACCAUCCCGGUAUACAUAUAUAUAUGUACACACACACACACAUACAUAUAUAUACACACACAUACAUAUAUAUACAUAUACACACACACACAUAUAUAUGUGUGUGUGUAUAUAUAUAUAUAAAUCAUUUCAGGUUACUCCAGAGUAGCAUUUCUGGGUCUGUUGGGGAAUCUCUGGCUGUUCGUAAACUAAGCUGGCAAACAACAGCCAAUUGUUAGGGGAAAUGUUCUCUGGGAAAAGUUCCAACUUGGAACCUUCAGCUCAAGGAAGUAUCACAUGCUCCAGGAUUGCAGGUGCAUCCUGCUCCUCCAUGUGCUGACAGUGGAAUGGAAUGAGGCCCGUGAAACUUAGGGGGUAGAGGGGAGGGGUUACAAGGCAGCUCUGAGAAAUUCCACAAUAAAGGUACAGCAGUGUUUUCUAUUUCACAUCCCAGCGAGGGAAACGUCAGAUGGCUCUUGGCUGGAAUGUACACCAGAAAAAUACACACAUGGAAAAAAUGGAGUGGAGUAAUUGUGUGGAUAAAAUAACUGGAACAUUAAUUUCUGACAUCAUAUUGUCCCUUGUUAAAUAAAAAGGAUGAAUUUUGCAAUAUAUGAACAAGCUGAUGAAUCACCUGGAGUAAAAGUAAAUCUCUUCACUCUUAGUGCCUGUGCACAUUUAUGUGAAUUGGUGUAUCAGCCUCAGAGUGGUUUAGGUAAUGAUCAGUGAUUGUAUCAUCUAUUCAAGGGGGAGCCUUGAAGGGAGACUGAGAUGUAGUUAGCAAAAUUAUAUGGAAAAUUGAUUUAUUUACAGCCACUGUUCAGUUUUAGAACUUGUGGGAAGGGCUGAAACUGAAAGAAAGGUCAGAGCUGACAGGGAAAGCUAUUUUAAGCAUCUUAUAUUUAAUUUCUUAAAGUAACUUAAAACUACUGAUGCCAGCUUUACUGCUUUUCUAGAAACAGCACUUGCUUACAAACUGCUUUUUGUUUCAUGGUAAGGUUGGGGAUUUUUUUACAGAUUUGUGUAGCUAGUGAAUAUGGUGCAAAUGAGAUCAAAAGAUACAUAGUAGUACCUUUUGAGGGAAAAGCUGUUUUGCAACAAGGUCUUGCUUCCCAGAUUGAACAUGGUAUGUGAGGACCUUUCAAACCUGGGGUAACGGAUGUAACAGGUGGAAGUGCUGAAGGAAGAAGGGCUACCUGCUUAGCAAGAUAGAUUUCACAGGUUAAAGAACAGAUGGAAACAAAUGGAAAGUCGUCAGUUCCUGAUACUCAGCCUUGCACGUUAAUCACCGAAUUAAUUAAUGCUACAAAGGAUGCCUGUGUGUAACUUCUUAAUGUAGAAGGUAAGACAGAGUUGAACAGAAACUUAGUUGCCCUUAUUCAGAUCUUCCAACAGUGAAUUGUGGGGAGCACUAGGAUUGCCAAAGGAAUUUUUAACAUCAAGAGCCUCUUGAAGGUACGAUGAUGCAGGAUAUAGUGGAGUGUGUCCCUGCACAGGAGAGGAUUCCCCGAUUCCUUGGUGUUCUGAUGGUUUUAAGAGGGUAACUGGCAAAUUGCGGUGAUAGAUUGUUACUUCAUGAAUAAGUAAAUUCAGUUUGUGGACUGUUUUACGGCAACAUGUCUGCUGGUUGUGAACUAUUCUGUUUGGCUCCAGUUGCAUUUCUGUGCUACUGUGCCCUGACGUGGGCCAGCUCGCUUGUCCAUGCUCUCUCCACUCUUGCAGUUCUCCUUCCUGGACCUCACCUUCCCCGUUCUAAGGAUGCAGUCCUGGCUUUGGUUUACAUGUAAGUGAACAUUCCAGGAUUUUUGUUCUAGCUUUGUGCCAGCUGAAGACACUGAUCUUACUGUCUCUGGAAUGGAAAACGUCAGAUACAAAAACUGUUGGCUUGCUGAAGACCUAAUAUAUGUGGAGUUGUUAACACAGACUGCUUAAACCAGACUGCUUUAAUGCAGUGAUUAAAUAGGAAAGACACUUUGCUCUCCAGUACACUUGGGCAAUUAAAUUGUCCAAAGCUUUCCUAUUAUUAUAUAUAUUUUUAGUUGUUUAAACCUUGUUUAACUGCUCUGGAAUGUUUAGUUUAUAAACCUGGGAUCUUCUGUUAAUUGCACUACUGAAGUUCGUGACCAUUUACAAACUUACAUAUGUUUGUGGUGCUGUAAACCUGCCUCUGUGUACUGAACUCCUGAUGUGCUGUCCAGUGCUCCUGUCAUCUGCUGUGACACUCCUUCUUUUGGCAGGAUCCCUCCCAUGGUUGGGGAGGUCUUUAGCACAAUGAUGGAUAGCAGUGCUAAUAUUUGAACUCCAAGCAGAGGGGAACGCUGUCAGAAAUGUUACACGUGGUGUUUGGAGUGCAGCUGAGUGAAACAUUUGUGACCCCUGCAAUUCUGCAGUCAGCUGCUGCACUGGCAACCCCAAAGCUUCCAGGUUUAUUGUGAAACGGUCACCGACCAAAAAGUAAAUAAAGUAAACCUGGCAAGGUCACAUUGCCUCAGUGGGAUCUAGACAUCAGCUUUGCCUCUUCGCUGCACCAAUCUUCACAGUCUGCACAAUUCAGAUUCUGUGACUGGGGGAAAAGUUGAGCAAAACCUUUUCCAUGUCUCAACUCCUUGCUGCAUUUUUCACUCCUAAAUCCCACCCUAAUGCACACUAAUUAAAUUCAUGCAAACCGAGCUAUUCACAAGAGUGAUAUGUGUUAUGGAUCCUGUGCUUUGUCCACUACUUCACUGCAAACAUUUCCAAGUAGGGAUUGAAUUUCCCCUCCAA